UUUAUUUAUCAGAAAAAAGGAAGGAAAGGGAAAUAACUCGGGAAAUUGGAACAGCUUGCCGCAGAUCGUCCUCGACUCAUGGUUGAGCGUCGUCGGCAUCUAGAGGAUUCAAGUUUCUGGCUCGACGAUGUGUCGAAUUGAUUCAUGUAGAUCUACCGUUCUAGCCAGUUGAUUCUUCUGGUGGAAAUCGCGAGAUCUCCAUCAAUUUCUUAUGCUCACCUUGUUUGAUCGUGAACAACCUAGCUAGCGGAAGGAAGAAUUGUUGAUACUAGUGAUUUACAGAGCGUUAUCGGAUUCAAACCAAUGGCGGGGGCGGCCUCCGCGCUGUUCCUAUUAGAUAUCAAAGGGCGUGUUCUCAUUUGGCGCGACUAUCGUGGCGAUGUCUCGGCAGUUCAGGCCGAGCGCUUCUUCACCAAACUCAUCGAGAAGGAGGGUGAUCCACAAUCUCAAGAUCCAGUAGUUUACGACAAUGGCAUAAGCUACAUGUUUAUUCAGCACAAUAACGUGUACCUGAUGGUUGCUGCCAGGCAGAAUUGCAAUGCUGCAAGUCUUCUUUCCUUCUUGCACCGAGUAGUUGAUGUCUUCAAGCAUUAUUUUGAAGAGCUGGAAGAAGAAUCACUUAGGGACAACUUUGUUGUGGUGUAUGAGUUGCUUGAUGAAAUCAUGGACUUUGGUUAUCCUCAAUACACUGAGGCAAAGAUUCUUAGUGAGUUUAUAAAGACUGAUGCUUAUAGAAUGGAGGUUGCUCAGAGGCCACCCAUGGCAGUAACAAAUGCAGUUUCUUGGCGGAGCGAAGGAAUAAAUUACAAGAAGAAUGAAGUCUUUUUGGAUGUGGUGGAGAGUGUUAAUAUACUUGUCAACAGUAAUGGACAAAUAAUUAGGUCAGACGUUGUUGGGGCAUUGAAGAUGAGAACUUACUUAAGUGGCAUGCCUGAGUGUAAGCUUGGGCUCAACGACAGAGUAUUAUUGGAAGCACAAGGUCGAACCACAAAAGGAAAAGCUAUAGAUUUGGAAGACAUCAAAUUUCACCAGUGCGUACGCUUGGCUCGCUUUGAAAAUGACCGAACCAUAUCCUUCAUACCGCCAGAUGGAGCUUUUGAUCUCAUGACUUAUAGACUCAGCACUCAGGUAAAACCUCUUAUUUGGGUAGAAGCUCAAGUUGAAAGACAUUCAAAAAGCCGUAUAGAGAUUAUGGUAAAAGCAAGAAGCCAGUUCAAGGAGCGUAGCACUGCAACAAAUGUUGAAAUUGAGUUGCCUGUGCCAGCGGAUGCUACCAACCCAAAUGUUAGGACCUCAAUGGGGUCUGCUUCUUAUGCACCCGAAAAUGAUGCAUUGUGCUGGAAAAUUAGAUCUUUUCCAGGUGGCAAGGAGUAUAUGUUAAGGGCAGAAUUCCGCCUUCCUUCCGUUACAUCUGAAGAAGCGACUCCAGAAAGAAAAGCACCCAUUCGUGUAAAGUUUGAGAUACCAUAUUUCACCGUUUCUGGAAUCCAGGUUCGUUACCUGAAGAUUAUUGAGAAAAGUGGGUACCAGGCUCUUCCAUGGGUGAGAUACAUCACAAUGGCUGGAGAGUAUGAACUAAGGCUCAUAUGAAAUCUACGUACUUCGAUUUAUACACAUUUGGUUCUGCAGAGUUCAUAUGUGGUGGUGAAUUAUUGAGUUAAUAAUCACAGGAUGAGUUGAAGAUUUGUUGUUGUAGAGGAUUUGGUGGGGUGGGGAGGGAAUUCUGUUUUCCACUCUUGUUUGUGAAGCAUAUUGCAGCUUUUGUAAGUCCAUAGUAACCUUUUCUUUUUCUUUCUUGCUACACACUAGGUGGUCAGGUUGAACUCUGUUUUGCUCAUAUUGCUUUCAACUAGCUCCAUUUCCAUCUUGUUCAUUCCUGUUAUAACCAUAGUUAUUUCUAAAUGCACACUGUUCAACUGUUAAAUUUU